AUGGCGGGUAAUUCUCCCCACGGCGGAGGCUUUCCAGGUGCCGGAGACGAUUUUGAUCCCAUGACUCUACCCCCGAGGACCCGACCUUUUAUUCCCGGGAGGUACAAUCCGCCAGCGGCGUCGGAGGAUGUUGGUUCUCGCAGUGUACGGGGGUAUGGUUCCACCGCCGCGCGGGACUGGUACGCUGAGCUCUCGGAGGGUGUCCGAGAUUUAGUAGACUUGAUCACAUGUCAGCCUUGGGCACCCUUGGGUGAUGGUCUUCGAUUUCAGUAUCCCGGAGGAUCGGGCACCUCCCAGUACAGGUUCCUGCUCGAAGGACCUGUUGGCAGGGCAUGGUUUCUGGGGGAACGCUUUCUGCGUCAGGUAUGGGGGUAUCUUUCUCAGGAUCCUCCCGCAGUACCCCCAGUCAGUAUGCGGACUGCUGACAGACUCUCUUUCUCGGAGGUAGUCGGCGCCAUGCUGGGUAGUGAUGCUUUACUAUAUCUUGAGGAGGGGGACUACGCCACUUACCGUCACACAUAUUUGAUGCCUCCAUUGACGGGAGCUCGCACCCCGAUGAUGAGGUCUGCCGGUAUGUCAUCCUCGGGCCAGGCCCGGGCUCGGGCUGCAGACGCCCCUUCUACUAGUAGGGCUGGUACAUCGAGAGGUGGGGGUAGAUCGGUUCCUCCAACUCCUCCGACUUAUCCUCAUCCUGGAUGGCCGGACAUGCCGUCCGAGUUGACGGGAUGGCGUUUUGGGACUCCUUACCAGAUUCCGCUAGAGCCUCCACUUCCUGACCAUAGAUAUGUCAGGGAUCCUGAUUCACCACCGCCUCCGGCUGAGUAUGUGAACGAGAUUCUCGGGGUGAUGGCCGCACUUAAGGGCAUGGUCCUUCGGAGAGAGACACACUUAUCCGCUAUGGGUGUGCAGAGUACAUCCGACACACACCCCACUCACAUACUUACUCGUAUCUGA